GGCAUGCAGGUGACCCGGCAGUUGACUGAUUGGUGGCUGGGGAUCUGGGCCUCGGCCCCCGAUGCCACGCAAGAGGCCUCCUACUACCUGCGCAUGUACGUCUAUUUGGCUGUGGGCAAUGGUCUCUUCACACUGGCGCGUAGUUUUCUCUUUGCGGCGGCUGGGCUCGUUGUCGCUAGGCGUUUACACGACACUCUGUUGGUCACGGUCAUGGGCAGCACACUG